AUGAAGAUUCAAAACAGUUUCACGUUUCUAGUGGUACUUGGGCUUGUCACUUGCGCCUCAAACCCCUUCAAUGAUGUACCUGGACGAUACAUUGUGGAGCUUGACCAUGGAGAUGCAGCAACUGAAGUUUCUGAUAACUUUGACAUUUUCGUCCAGCACCAAAUUGAGUCUGACGUUUUUUCUGGUUUCUCUUUCGAUGUCAGAAACGAGAAUAGUACUACUUUGCAGGACUUGAGAGCUCUCAGAGGAGUUAAGAAUGCUUGGAAAGCAACAUACGUAACGUUGGAUGCCGCCGUGAAGGAAAAACGAGUCGACUACAGCCAACUUCCAUAUUAUAAUCCUCAUCAAAUGACCGGUGUGGAUGAACUCCAUGACCAAGGCUAUCUUGGUGAUGGAAUAGUGGUUGCUGUUGUAGACACUGGUGCCGAUUCAUCCCAUCCGGCAUUGGCGGGGAAGAUAUUGGGAGGAUAUGAUUUCACAUUGGAUAAAAAUAAUCCUGGUACGGAUUACACCGACUGUGACGGCCACGGAACCUUUGUUUCCUCGAUAAUAGUGUCCGAUACAUCUGAUAUGGUGGGAGUUGCUCCCAAUUCUCGUCUCAAAAUUUACAAAGUAUUUGAAUGUUCGUCUACCACUACCAGCGACCUAAUUAUGGCUGGGUUGUCUAAAGCGUAUGUUGAUGGUCCGGACAUAAUCAAUUUGUCAGCAGGGAGAACUUACGGAUACUCAAACGAUCCAGUAUCGUUGCUAGCAUCCAGAAUCGCAGAAACUAUCCCUAUAUUUAUUGCAGCAGGCAACAGUGGCGUUGGAGGAACCAUGUUCAGCUCGUCCACUGGUGCUGCUGGCAAAGGAGUACUAGCUGUUGGUGCUGCUCAGGGUGAUUACCUUUACUCUUGGCCCGUUACAGCAAUAUCCUCUAGUGGGGAGUCAUACUCUUUUUCUUAUGCGCUGGCUUUCCGUUUCGAUCUUGUGGGUACUGUGGACAUUGAUUUUAUUGGUAACGCGUGCUUCGUAUCGUCCUUGGGGAAAACUGGCACUGGAAACAAGUUCUUGUUGGCAAAUCGGGGAAGUUGCUCGGAUUCCGAUAUCCUUCAGGGCUUGAACGAGCAAGAAUACUUGGGUGCUCUUUUGUUUGUAACAAAUGCUGAGUUACAGUACUUGUAUACUGACUUCUCUGACGCCGAAUACACUCUGUACAUCGCGCUUAUUACUGAGGAUGUGCGAACGUGGAUCAUGUCUCAGACUGCUAGUGGAAACUCCAUCCAGGUGACCUUCCCGGAUGACUAUACCUCCAGCCUGUUGUUGAAAAGUCAAACCACUCAGUUUUCAUCGUGGGGCCCGACUUUUGAAAACAAUUUCUACCCACAUAUCAUGGCCCCAGGAGGACAGGUCUUGGGUGCAGAUAUACAAAUUAGUGGCAGCUAUGUGUUGGAAGACGGAACUUCCUUUGCCUCUCCAUAUGCUGCAGGGGUAGCUGCUCUCUACUUGAGCGCAUUUCCAGGAGUAGAUGUGCAAGUACUCAGAAACAAGCUCAUUGGUGCCUCCCGAAUGAUGUUUCAACAAGUGUGGUCAAAUGACGUGGAUCUUGGACUAGACACCGGGGCACUUGCUCCAAGUAUCCAGCAGGGUAACGGUUUGCUCUCUGCCCGAAAUCUCUUUUUCACAAAGACCAAAAUUCUCUCAGAGCCUUACCUCGAGUGUAAUGACACUAAUAACUUUGUCGGAACACACACCAUUACGUUCAUUAACGAGGGCGACACUUCUGUCAACUAUGAAAUCAACUACUGGGAUUUGAGUUCCGUGUACACGCGAGACGCCAGUACAUGGUUUGUUGCAUCGUACUAUCCCCUGCUUGUGGAUGGCCUGCCCAACGCAGGUCUCAGUCAGAACCUCGUGACGCUUGGUCCGGGCGAAUCUACAUCUAUAGUUGUGGAAGUUUAUCCUCCACUGACUCUAGACAACGACCAAGCGCCAGUAUACGAGGGAACAUUUAUCAUUCAUGGAGACAAUGGCGAUGUGGUGUCCGUUCCAUACAUGGGGAUAAUAGCCGACACCAACGAUUGGACGCCAUGGAUUGAAUCACCGUACUUGUCUGGAACUAUGACACUGUUUGAGAACGUGACUGACUCAGGUCGGGACUACACACCUUCAAAAAGCGACUCACCAUAUAUCUUCUACAACAUUCGAUAUGGAACAGAGGAAUACUCGUUUGAUUUGGUGGACAAGGAUUACCAGCUUUCAGAUUUUCUGUAUCCUCCAGCUAUUGGAGUGAACGGGUAUUUGGGACCAAUUCUGGUGGUUACUAGUGAUGACCAAUCACUUACUCUUCCUUUAGAGUUCACCAGCAUAUUUACGGAUGUUCUGUACGUGAAGUUCACAACAUUUGCAGACGGAACAGUGUUUCCCACUGGAAGAUAUAAGAUAUUGUUUCGUGCAUUGAAAACAUUUGGAGACAAGGCAAAAAAUGAGGGAUGGCAACUCUUCUUAAGUGACGAAUUUAACGUGUUGGAAAACUCUGACUCUAGUCUGGUGUCAUCGAGCUCGUCAAAUUUGUCAAGUUCUAGUCUGUCAAGUUCUAGUCUGUCAAGUUCUAGUCUGUCAAGUUCUAGUUUGUCAAUCUAUAGCUCAUCCAGCUCUUUUGAGUUGUCUUCCGGUUUUGCUUCUAGUCUCUCUAGUACUGAAUCGACAAGCUUGCCAAUUUCGUUGAGUACGAGUUCUUAUGACUCGAAUUCAUCAGGUUGGAAAUCAGUGGCGGAAUCUUCCCGUUCAAGCUUCUCCAUUUCAAGCACUUUGAGUGAGGGGUCCCUGGCUUCAGUUUCGAACUUGUCAGAUUUUGGUGUGUCCACCACCAGCUCUGAUAUCAUUUCUCGCGGGAUGUCUUCAGUUGUACCGUCUGGAGAAACUUCUUCGGCUCCAUCAGGUUUCUCGAGCACUUCGACUACGAAUGAAACAGUCGUCCUGUCGUUUGAAAGGCAGAUAUCUUCUUUGGAUUUCUCAAACCCAAACAGUGUAGACUCUAAAUCGGGAACUAGUUUUAGUGUUCCACAGUCGCUGUAUACCAGAUACUAUAACCUGUCUAGUUUAACAGGAGAGGUUUCCAUUAGUUCACAAUCUGAGAUCUUAACUUUUGAGACAUCUGCUUCAAGGAGUGAAUUAUCCCUCUCGCGAAGUUCUCCACUCGCAGAGUCACCAACUUCUCUCUCACCACCAGAGAGCUCCGAGAACUCCUCCACUACUGAUGUUACAUUAUCAGGGAGAUCCAAUGCCAAUGAAAGCAGUAGUUUUGCUGUGACCAAGACAGGAGAAGGGAUUAGCGAAAGCGAAAGGGAACUGGAAGGUAACUGGACUGAACCAAAUUCUGAAGAUAGUUCAAGAAGUACUGAGCAACCUGAGUCUUACAAGUCCGCAAAUCUUUCGACUGGUAAUGCAGACAGCCGUGUUACAGGUGAAGAAGGGUUCAAUAGUAAUACUGAAGGAGAACUUGCUGAAACAACAGACUUAAAAUUGGCUACUGUCACUGUCACUUCCUGUGUUGACCAUUCGUGUUUUGAGCUGACCUUUACAGCACAGGUGUCCAUUAGCACAAGUGUUUUUGGUGACCUGACUACCAUUAUCUCAACUUAUUAUUGUUCGACUUCCGAACAGGCUUCAAUUCCCAAUGCAGUGGCUCCUAGUGUGCCUCCAGAUGUGACUUCCACAGGUGCUUCGGCCAAGAUUCCAGGUCAAGUAUCGGGCUACUUUGUGUCUCAUUUGUCGGAAGCCAGACCCCUUACACACAACACCAAUAUAACACUCCACACAUCAGUGAGUUCACCUACUGGAAUCGGAUCAUUUAUCUCUUCUGGUUCCAAAUUACCGUAUCUAUCGAUUGCACCCGCUCCUCAGACUUCAACCGGUUCUGAUGUUGGUUUGAAAUCAAAUGUUUUGACUGGCAGUUCUACUGUGAAAUCUGUUGGAGUAUCUUCCGAGAUUUCCUACCUGAGUAAUAUUCCAGAGGUCAGUUUGUCUCAAGGCUCAGGAUCCAUGCAUAGCUUGACCAAAAGCUAUUUAUAUUUGUUUAUGCUCUUCUUUUUACCUACUGUGAUAGUUGUUGAAUUGUGA